AUGAGCGGGCUUAUGCAGGCUGUGUCUCGCCUUGGACCCGGGCGCUCGGCGCCCCCGGCUCUGAAUAUGGCAGCUUACUUCGCCACGGCGGACGCCCGGCGCAAUUACUCCGGAGCAGCCCCCACGCGCCCCUCUUUUGCGCGCCCGCAACAGCACCGCCUCCGCGCGCAGUACCACACCUCGAACGCGCAGCGCAGUGCCGCGCCGAAUCCCGCACCAACCCCGACCACCGGCGCCGCCGCCGGUGCUAGCACCAUCGACGCUGCCGCGGCGAUGGCGCCCCCGUCGCCACCGCCCUCCGGCGAGCCGCCGCGCCAUCCCCGGCCCGGCAUCGGGCGAAACCUGGUCAACCGGGCCACCGAGGCCGCCAAUCGCGCCAAGCACAGCACCAUGCAGCGCGCGCACCAGGCCAGCGCCGAUGCCAUGAUCCGCGCCCGGUUCGUCGGGCAACAGGUCCGUCGCCAGACGCACUCGCUGUCCGACCUGGCCCGGUGGGCCCGGCGCAGUGUCCCCAUGCCGCAGGAAUUGCGCCAGCGGAUGUCCAUGCUGGCGGCGCCGCGCUUGUCGACGGCCACCCCCCUGGAGCAGGCCCUCCGGUGGCCGGUGGGCCUGGGCGGCACCACUCGGAUACGCCCCGACCCCAUGGGCCACCCGGGGCCCCUCCUCCGGGGCCAGCUUCGGGAUCUGGUGGACUACCACAUGCGACAUGCCCCGGCCGGGGCCCGGGCCCCGGCCAUCAUCGAAACCUCGGUCACCGCCGCCGCGGCCGCCGUCAUGGAAGAGCUCGAGCAGCGCAUGAAGCGCACCGAGGCCCAGACCUCCCCGCCGGAGGGGAGCGUGUCUCCCGGCCCGGGGCUCACCCCUUUGAGCACCGAUGUCAUGACCCUGCCGAAUGCCAUCUCCCUGGCUCGCAUCCUCGUCACCCCGGGCAUCGGCUACCUGGUGGCCACCAACCAGCUGGGCUUGGCCCUGGUGGCCACCGCCCUGGCCGGGGCGUCGGACUUCCUGGAUGGCUGGCUGGCCCGGCGUUCCGGCAAGUCCACUGUGCUCGGCUCCAUCUUGGACCCCUUCGCCGACAAGCUCCUCGUGUCGACGCUGACCAUCUCCCUGGCGAUCAACGGUGCGUAUGCCGACAUGCCUCCUGCCCCGGGGCCCGAGCAUGCCAUCCACGCGCCACGGCCUCCUGCCAACAUGGCUGCUGGUGCUGAUUGUUGGGCGGGACCUGGGGCUCAUUCUGUCGGCCGGCUGGGUCCGGUACAUCUCCCUCCCGGGUGA